UUUUUUUUUAACAGGAAGUUGUUUCCUUGCGGGUCUUCUGCUGCUGCACAACAUGGCGACCUGCUUCACCCUCCGGUCCGCCGUGCUCCGCAGGGCCCUGCAGGGAGCUCUCAGCCUGCACCGCCGCUCAGCGACACCUCCGGUCGGGCUCAGGUUGGUGUGUAGCGCUCCUCCACCAGAGAAACCGGCCGUGGUAUCUGAAUCUACGGGGGAGUACGCCUUCGUAGAGCGCCUCAUCCCGCCGUCCCGGGUCCCCGCUCCGCCGGAGCACGCCGGUCCCACCCCGUCCGGCUGGACCCCUCCGGCAGCUUCCCCGCCGUCUCUGCCCUACAUGAUCCGCCGCUCCCGCAUGCACAACAUACCGGUCUACUCCGAUCUGACCCACGGCAGCCGCAAAACCACGCUCAUCCGGAAAGUGGAGGGGGACAUCUGGGCUCUGGAGCAGGACGUGAAGCAGUUUCUGAAGAAGCGGACGGGCAAAGAGCUGCCCACCCAGGUCAACGAGGUCACCAUGACCUUAACGGUCAAAGGUCACUUCCACGAGGAGCUGAAAGAAUGGCUGACCAGCAAAGGUUUCUGACAUCCUCAUCGGUCCAGGACCAGCCGGAUCUCUGUGGGACCUGUUGGCAUGUCCACACCUUCACACAUUGUCCUCCAGCCUGUUUCCAUCCAUUGGAGGAGCGCUUCGGACUACUGCCACUCUGUGUAACUUUUUGCAGACACCAUAGAUAUGUUAAAGUUAUGGGAUCAGACCGUGUACAUAAGUGUAUGAAAUGAUUGUUAUAUUAAAUAUAAAUACAUCA